CCCCUUAGAAGGUUUAGCUUCCAUAAGACCAAUGUAUAAGCGCCCUCUGUAAACCCACCUAUCUUUCUAUGCACCUUGCUCCUCCCUCUUUCACUACGACGCCUUUACUGCCGAUGCUGGACGGUGACCCACGUGUUGGUGAAGAGAGGCUGCUUUGAAAAUUGCUGUGAAAGCAUCACAUUAUUGAAAUGGCAAGAAAAUCUGCCGGCAAAGUUAAACAGGAGGUUGCAAAGGAAGACCAUGUUUUGGAAGAUGCUGACGGUGGAACGAAAAAGCGCGUUGCUAAGAAAAUAGCCCCACUAAAGAAAACGCUCAAGCAAGAACUUCCUUCUGAAAGCGGAGAUGAUGGACGCGAAGCUGGUCCAUCUCCGAAGAAAACUAAAAAGAGGAAGAGCAUUGAGACAAUUGAAUCGCCAACGAAGGAAAAGAAAGGUUUAUCCAACUCGGCUCUCCAGCCUUUUACUGACAUCAAGAUGUCAAAAAAGAAGAAACUUCCAAACAAGAAAGGGGGAAAGAAAGUAAAAAAGUCAGAUGAGCAGGUAAAGAAAGAGGGCGACUUGGUCCUUGAAGAUGACGUCCUAGGUUCGGACGAUGAUGAAGAUGCUGAAACCCCCAAGAAGAGGAAGCAGUUUGACCCUUUGGAGGAUGCUGAAAGAAACAGCAGGACAAUUUUUGUAGGCAACUUACCCAAAGAUUUUGAUGCAGCCAAAAUUAAGCAGAUGUUCAAAAAAUGUGGACCUGUUGAUACGCUGCGUAUUCGGUGUGCGCCUGUGGCUGAUCCUCGAGUGCCCAAGAAGGUUGCCGUCAUUAAGAAGGACUUCCACGAAAGCAGAAGCAGCAUAAGUGCAUUUGUCGUGUUCAAGUCUGAGGACACAGUCCCAAAUGCUCUUGCCCUCAAUGGCAGCAUUGUGCAAGGCCAUCACAUUAGAGUGGACACAGCUGUGAAGCAAAAGAAGUUUGAGACAAACCGUGCUGUUUUCCUGGGCAACCUUCCCUUUGGAGUUGAAGAUGAAAAACUGUGGGACACUUUUAGUAGUUGCGGUGAGAUUGAAAGCGUGCAUAUUAUCAGGGACAAGAGGACGGGACUUGGGAAAGGUAUUGGCUAUGUGAAUUUCAAAAAAUCAGAUGCGGUGGAGUUGGCCCUGAUGAAGAAUGAAAUCAAAAUUGGAAAAAAUAUCAUCCGAGUCAACAGAUGUGGAGACACUACUAGUAAGCGUAAGAAGAAUGCGAUAAAUGCUAACAAGAGGAUGGUAUUAAAAGCAAAAGAUCAGGCUUUCAAAACGAAGAAAGCUGAAAACCGUGCCAACGCUGAAAAGAUUAAGAAGAAGAAAAAUUCGAAGAAAGCUGACAGUGAAAAUUCCUUUCAAGGACAAAAAGUUAUCUCUGGAAAAGUGCAGAAGAAGGAAAAGAAAGUAAAACUUAAUCCUAAGAAGAAGCUGGUGGUUGAAUCGUUGGCUAAAUCCAUCAAGACCAAGAGUGCUGAAUAAAUAUUAUUAAAGCUGGAUCAAAUAUCUAAUAAAGCUCCUUCCAUUUCCGUCAAUA